AUGAGAAGUUUAUCGACCAAGGUCUUGGGACAAGGAGAUGCAGCUCGCAAGCGGGUAUAUCCCGUAAACUAUGUGGAUGAUGAGAUGGAAGAGACCUAUUACAUGGGUGACGAGGAGGCUGAUGAGGACACCAUCCUUGCGGCACUGAUUGAAGAAGGCGAUGAACACGCCUUGACCAUUCAGGAGUUUCAAGAGAACAUAGUGCAGGUGUGUCAAGAAACGCCUGAGCUGUCAAUGGCCUUCUCGGCAUACCAGGAGGCUCGUGCAAAGAUCAGAGAUCGGGUCCGUGGCCGUGGCUUUUGGCCUCUUCGUGGAGCUGCAAAGGGAAAAGGAAAGACCAAAAAAGGAAAAGGGUUCAAAAAGGGCCGACAGAGCCUGGCUGAGAGGAUUGCUUCUUCUACAUGUCGGCUGUGCGGCAUGAAGGGGCACUGGAAAGAUGAGUGUCCAACCCGUGAUCGUCAAAGUGGAGCCGAAGCCAAUGUGAUCACCAUUGACGAAGGCAUCAUCGCGGCUGAGAUCGUAGAGAACCUGCCGACAGAGCACAUGGCAUCCUGGGAGGCCAGAACCGGGGACCGUUUGUCCAUUCCGGGGGUACCACCUGAGUAUCCUGAAGUGAUCACAUGGGCAAGUAGUAGCAAUACCAACAAAACUCUAAGUAAGGAGGUUUACUGCACACACCAGCAGCAGCAACAGCCGAGCGAGACUGAAGUGAACAACGGCAUGGCUGCAGCUCAAGACAAAGGAAUAAAUGCUCCGGGAUGUCUGACAUUCGAGUCAGCCCAUCUGGACACACCGUUGACAGGUCCAGAAGAUCCCAGCCUGAGCUUCGAGCAAGCACCGGUGAUCAAGAGUCAUCGCCCGCCAGGGAUCUCAACGCUUCGAGAAUGGGGAGAGAUGAAACUUCCCGAAGGGAAAUGGAAGGGAUCAACGUUCUCCGAGGUCUUCACCAAGGACGCCAAGUAUGUUCAGUUCAUGGUCUCACACACCAAACUGGUAUCACCAUGGGCUCUGAGCUUUCAGAGUUAUGCUCGAGCUCGUGUGGUGGCCCAAAACGAGUUCCAGGAGAUGAAGAACAAGGUGGAAGCCGAGAUGGAACUGAAGAUUCGAAGCAUGAUUCAGUCAGCCCCAUGGAAGUUCUCACAUCCCAGCACAGUGGAUUGGGAGGUGAUCUCGCAAGCGGCCCAGUCCUCAAGUCCAAGGACAACAGGAACGAUGGGAUCGCUGAAGCGAAACAUGGAAGAGGACGAAAACCAAAAGAUGAUUCCAGAGCUCAGCAUGGAGGCUCGCGAAGACAAGAUGACCAAGAUGGCGGUGAUGCAGCGAGAGCUCGAGCGUCUCAAGGAGGAGCUUCAGGCUUUGUGGAAGACAAUUCUGGAGAAGAAACCAAAGGAGAUUUGGAUGUCUCCUGAGUGCAAGUACUGGGGCAACUACAGCCGUCGCAACAUGGGCAGACCACCGCAAACGAUUUAUGUGGAUCCAGCCAGUGAAUUCCGAUCUGACUUGUGGCAGGAUCACAUGCAGUCAUUGGAUAUCAACAUCAAAAUGGCAGUAGGAGAUGCUCACUGGCAAUUAGGAUCACUCACCUCUCAUGCCGAUGUUGGUAGCAUGACAAUGGCCGAAGGUGAAGGUCCUGCCAGUGAUCGAUUUCGAGCCAGCUUAGAGUUGAGAGCCUCUGCAAGAAAGGCAUUCAUAGAUGCAGACAAUUCGUCAAGUUUGCGCCGAGCAUUGCUCCGGCGAAGCCGUCCACUUCGAGGGCCAUUUGAAGUUGGGGACUGGGUAUUAUAUUGGCGACCAAAUGACCUGUCUGCGGAUGUGAGUAAUGGCCAAAAGGCCAAAGCUCGUCUCGUGGUGGUAGGUUUCGAAGAUCUUGGAGUUGGCAUUGUGAAGAAUGAUUCCCCAACUUUAAGCAAGGAUGGUCGUCAAAUGAUUCUUCAACAGGUUAGCAGCAAUGGCUGGGAGUUGAUUUCAUUUGAUGUUUCCACAGCCUUUUUGCAUGGGGAUGGUGACGGCCGUCUCCUUGGGAUUCAUCCACCGCCCGAGCUGAGAGAGGCACUUGGCAUGUCAGAAACCGAUCAAUGCAGUUUGGAGGGUGGAGCAUAUGGGAGAGUUGAUGCUCCAUAUCUAUGGUAUUGCAAGUUUCGUGACACACUGAUUGCAGAAGGGUUUUAUCAGUGCCCUCUGGACCCAUGUGUGUUCACCCUCGCGACAAAAGACUCAAAGGGUCAACUACGCAUCCACGGCUCAAUAGGAAUUCAUGUUGAUGAUGGCAUUGGUGGUGGUGACCAUGUGUUUUUGGCUUCUCUUCAGAAGAUCAAGAGCAAGUUCAACUUUGGUUCAUUUGAAAAAGGGUCGUUUACCUUUACGGGGAUUAGAUUCCAACAAUGGGAUGACAAGAGCAUUGAGUACGACCAGGUGGAUUACAUUGACAAGAUAGCUCCUUUAGAAAUUCCAAAACAUCGGAGGAAUCAACCCCAAAGUAGCAUCACAGCUGCAGAAACCACGCAGCUGAGAAGCUUGGUAGGUGCAUUGCAGUACGCUGCAGUACACACGCGGCCUGACUUAAGUGCCAAGGUUGGUGAAAUUCAGUCGUGUGUUCCAAAGGCAAUGGUGAGUGAUCUGAUCAGCGCAAAUAAGGUUCUCCAUGAGGCAAAGGUCAACAAGGUGUCAUUGAUGACUGUUCCAAUUGCGCCCAGUCAGGUCACGUUCUGUGCAUUCUCUGAUGCCUCGUUCCUUUCUGGGAAAGAAAAGUUUGCUCAUCAAGGUGGUUUGAUUUUUGCCACGACGCCAGAGUUGCUGGAAAACAGAAAGACUGUUGUGGCUCCGGUUGCUUGGAUUAGUAAGAAAAUCCACCGAGUAACCAGGAGCACCCUUGGAGCAGAGGCCAUUGCCCUUAGUGGCACUGUAGAUCGUUUGCUGUGGAUCCGUCUGCUUUGGGAGUGGCUGCAAAACCCAGAAAUAAACUGGGGUAGUCCUGAAGAAGUCUUGGCAAAGGCCAGACAAGCUGCUCUGGUGACGGAUUGUAAGAGUGCAUAUGAUCUCCUGACUCGCACAGCAAUUCCACAGUGUGAAGAACAUCGUACCACCAUAGAGUGUCUUUUAAUUCGUGAGCGGCUUCGAGCAAAUUGUGCAGUCAGAUGGGUCACAUCCAAUGCCCAGUUGGCUGACUGUCUGACGAAAAGCAUGGACAGUUCAAGUCGCAGGGAUUGUUUGAGGAGUGGAAGGUAUUGUUUGUUUGAUGAAAAUCGGGUUUUACAAGCAAGGUCAGACAAAAGACAAAGGGCUAAAUGGAUGAAAGAAGCAACCACCUCUCCUGAAACGUCUUCAACUGAAGAGAUUCACUUCAAUUUUGGUUUAGAAGAUACUUGGGAAAAGAAUGAUAAGGGUCAGGUUGUCCGGAUUCAUAACAUGCCUCGACGGACUCGUUUUUCUCCUAUUGGGGUUCCUGGAUGCCCUGUGGAUAUCCGCAAUCUUGGGGUGGAGAGGACUACUUUUGCAAAGUUUUCUUCCGGCGAGACAUGGUGUGAAAAGGACUUUUGGCCAGGGACCCGUGGCUAUACUGCCUUGGAUCGUCCAUGGACUGGAAAAACAAUUUUUGAAGUUCAGGGUAUGUGA